AUGGGUUUAUUUAGAAAUGAUGGGUAUGAAGAUUCACAAGUUACAGUAGGAUAUUUGAUACUCAGAUUCAUUUUCCUAUCAUCUACCUUCAUAUUCAUUAUUUACAUUUUAUUUAAUAAUAAUAGAACACGUUUUGAGAGUCCAGAUAGAUAUUUUAAAGGUGCAGUUAAAUGUCCAGAGAAUGGAUAUUGCUAUAGUGGACAGCUUUUUUGCAAAAAUGGUUUUAGACGAAGAGGAUAUAAAUGUGAGAAAGAUCCAAAUGCUAUUGAUGUAGAUGAUAGAAUCAAAAAGAUCAUAAAGUACAUAAGAAGUCAUCCAGAUACUCACUGCGAAAAAAGUAUUAUUUUUAAUUUCGAAGAUUUCAAAGAUAUGCUCAAGGAUAUAUCCAAUGAUUUAACUGAUAACUUCGGCGCCUUCAGGGGUAUGCUAUAUAAUGCAACAGAUAUUAAAAUUAAUUCAAGAAGUGAAAUUUAUUCAACAAAUCCUGAUCAAACACUUCAAUGCAGAAUUGAAAAAUACAUUGAUGAGAACUAUUCAUUAGUUAUAUUAUUCCUUAUUAAUGUAAUUUUGAUUUGUUUCAUUAUUUUAAUUUAUAAUCGCAAAAAGUCAAUUAAUAAGUCAUCAGCUACAUACGCUGACUAUAUUAUUAGUAAACUAUCUGAAAGCAAGCGUGCAGGAAUUGAUGUUUAUCGUCCUGCUCAAGAAUUCAGACCUACAAAGGAUUCUCCUCUCUACUCUCAUUGGGAUAAAGUUAUGAAUAUUGUUGAAAGAGAUCCACGUGUUUACGCCUUAGAUACAACUUCAGGCAAGAAAUGGAAAAUUAUAUAA